UCGCACAGCAGAGGAGCUACAAGAUGGCGCAAGCAAUAUUUGAAGUGCUUGAAGGCAUGGACAACCAGACAGUGUUGGCUGUCCAGUCUCUGCUGGAUGGCCAAGGUGGAGUUCCCGACCCAAACAGCCAGAACGUCUCUGGGACGUCCACGAUCCAGUCUAUGGACGACGAAGAUGUGUUCCUGUGUGGGAAGUGUAAGAAACAGUUCAAUUCUCUGCCAGCCUUCAUGACACACAAGAGGGAGCAGUGCCAGUCCAGCGUCCCCUCCCUGUCCACAGUGUCCUUGGCCUCCACCAAUGCCUACACACCGGUUCCCUCAAUCAGCUCUGGACCACAAACUCCCGCCAACAGACAGGUAUCCACCUACAUCACAGUCCCUCCCUCCCCUCUGACACACACUCUGGUCCAAGGCAACGUGCUGGUCAGUGACGAUGUUCUGAUGUCGGCUAUCUCAGCCUUCACCUCCAUCGACCAGCCUAUGGCCACCAUGCAGACGCCUAUACAGAGUAACCUGAGCAUGCACACAGCUGGUGUUUCAUACCUGCAGCACCAUCACCACCACCACCAUCAUCACCAUCAUCAUCACCAGCAGCAGCAGCAGCAGCAGCAGCAACAGCAGCAGUCCUCCCACCCCCUGCCCUCCAGCCAGACACCGGCCCACCCCCUGCCAGCUGGACAGCCCGCCCAGCAGCCGCUCACCUCACAGGUCCCAGCGAGCCACAGCAACUCAGUGGUCCAGGUGUACAGCACGCUGCCCCAUAUGGCCGGGGGUGGUGGUGCAGAGAUCCACACGUUGGGUCUGCAGCCUUUCCAUCCUGUGCAAGUGUCCAGUCAGUGUGUGGAGAGCCAGUCAUUCACCACCCCUCCUGUCUACAGCCCUGGGAAGCAGGGCACCAAAACAAAGACCUGCAGCAUCACCACCAACCUGACGGAGCUGGGCGACUUCGAAAAGGUCAUCAUUCCCAAAAGGUCGAGGAGUAGCAAGAAAAGCUCAGAUGGAGCCACAGCAGAGCAGCUGAAAGGAAAAGUUCCGAAGCUGAAGUGUAAUUUCUGUGACAAAAUCUUCUCCAAAAACUUUGAUCUUCAGCAGCACAUUAGAAGUCACACUGGAGAGAAACCGUUUCAGUGCAUCGUCUGCGGCCGAGCUUUUGCCCAAAAGUCCAACGUGAAGAAACACAUGCAGACACACAAGGUGUGGCCUAUGGGUGUGGCCAGCACAGUGUCCAGAUUACCAAUCACAGUCAAGGUGGUACCAGUGUCCUCCAAUGAGGAGGAAGGGGGUGGGGAGCAGCAGCAGCAAGGUGAACCAGAGGAGGAGGGGUCACAGCAGCAGAACUGUCAAACACAAACUGAAGAAGAGGUAGUUCAAACAGAAGCUCCAGGGGAGUUGGAGGAGAGUGGGACUGAGGCUCGGGCUGACCAGGAGGGCAGCCAUGGUGAAGCCACACAGAACGGGCAUCCUCAGGUACAGAUGCAGGUGCAGUCCAACCAGGACCAACAGUGCCAAGCUCAGACCAAACAGAUAGUUGUAAUCGACAGCUCCUACCAGUGCCAGUUCUGUGCCAGCAAGUUUAAGACCUACUUCCAGCUCAAGUCUCAUCUGACUCAGCACAAAGGGGAGCAGGUUUACAAAUGUGUGUUGAAGUCCUGCUCCCAGACCUUCCAGAAGUUGGAUCAGUUCCUGGAGCACAUCAGGACGCACCAAGAGCAGCUGACCUACCGCUGCCACCUCUGCAGCAAGGUGUUCCCCUCACUGUUUGAACUGGGAGUCCACCAGUACUCCCACUGCUUCUGCCCACAACAGAACACACGCAAGGAAACCACCAUAUACAGAUGUGUAAAGUGUCAAAGCAGAUAUUCCACCCAGGAGGCACUGGAACAACAUCUACAGACCGCCUCGCACAACUUUCCCUGCCCACACUGUCAAAAGGUUUUCCCAUGUGAAAGGUACUUCAGACGCCACCUCCCCACUCACGGCGUUGGAGGGAGAUUCAAGUGUCAGAUCUGCAAGAAGGCCUUCAAGACCGAGCACUACCUCAAACUGCACACGCGUAUUCACUCAGGUGAAAAGCCAUACAAAUGCUCCCUCUGUGAGGCGACGUUCAACAGGAAGGACAAAGUGAAGCGACACAUGCUCAUUCAUGAACCCUUCAAGAAAUACAAGUGCCCCUUCAGGACACAUGUAGGCUGCACCAAAGAAUUCAACAGACCAGACAAACUCAAGGCCCACAUCCUCUCACAUUCUGGUAUCAAACCCUACAAGUGUCUAUUUUGUCAGAAGGCGUUCAGCCGCAGGGCCCACAUGCUCGAGCAUCAGCAGUCCCACACAGAUAACUACCGCUUCAGAUGUUCUACCUGCAACAAGGGAUUCACCAGACAGAGCUAUUACAGAGAUCACAAAUGUCCUGCAGCAGGGAACGGGACAGGGACUGAAGGAGGGACUGGGGAGGCAGAGGGAGACGAGGUCGUGGGAGAGGCGAUGGCAAAGGAGAAGGAUGGAGAGGAUGACGGGAGGAGGGGGAGGUUCUUGAGAAAAGAAAAACGUCCAGGGACAGGGGGAGACGACGGAGAGAAGGACGACAGCUCAAAGGGCAGCCAAGAGCAGGUGGACACGCACGGGGAGGAGGAGGAGGAGGAGGAAGAAGAGGAGGAGGAAGGGGAGGAGGACGAGGAGGACGAGGAGGAGGAAGGAGAUGGGAGGAGGACUGAUGAGGGUUGUCAGGCUGCAAUGAUUAUCACCAGCAUUGAAGGGCAGGCGGACAGAGAAGAGGAGGAUGAUGGGAUGGAACAUGGUGGCGUGGCACUGGAGCAGAUUCAGAGCAAUGACCAGAGCUGUUUGCAGCAGCCAUGUUUGUAGUUUGAAGCAUCACUUCCUGGACAUGGACCAAACAAACAAAACUAUUCUUUAUUUAAAAAAGUCAGGGAAAUUAUUUAUUUGUUUUAAAUUAAAACGUCAUUUAAAUUAUACACACUGCUUUUACUUCUGUUACUGUAAAGUAAGUACAGUAUGUUUCCUGGUAGAUCUAUAUUGCCAAAAUAACCAGUGGAGAAUUUACAUGUUUUUGUGGACAAAUUUUGUGCAAGUUCAGCCACCGUGGUUCAAUUAAAAUGUCAUAAUGUCAAACUCAAUGGCAUCAAUCAUUCAUUUUCGUAACAGCUUAUUCUCUUGAGGGUCGCGGGGGGGCUGGAGCCUAUCCCAGUUUACACUGGGUGAGAGGCGGGGUACACCCUGGACAGGUUGCCAGACUAUCACAGGGCUGACACAUACAGACAGACAACCAGUCACACCUAUGGGCAAAUUAGAGUCACUGACUAUCCUAACCUGCUUGUCUUUGGACUGUGGGAGGAAGCUGGAGUACCCGGAGAAAACCCACGCUGACAUGGGAAGAACAGGCAAACCCUACUGUGUUUGAUCCAGGAACCUGCUUGCUGUGAGGUGAAACGUACCCACUAACAGGAGCCCACAUUGGCCAAUGCAGUCAUUACAUCAAAGAGGGUUGGGUAUGUUGUCGCAAACCAAUGGCAUGGAAGCUGUAAUGCUCUAAAAGUCAGAAAUGUACUUGUUCACAGGGUAUUUUCUGUUGUUUUAAUGUACAUUUAACGCGCUAAGACGUUAUAUUUUUACCUGUUCAGACGAAACAAAUUUGAGUUGUCAAUACAAACAUCAAAAUAGACAUUUAGAGCCCUUCGGUGUUCCACAGACAAACACACACAAAAUAUGUCUCGUGGGAAAAUGGGUUGACUAAAACAAAGUUCACCUGAGGACACAGUUUAUUAAGUAAAGCAGCACAUUAUGCCCUAUAAUUAACGGUGUAUGUGGUGGUUCAGUAUGACUGAAAACAAAUUAAUACAUAAAUGAAUGCUGAAAUAAGUACAUGGUUAGGCUAUUAUCUUUAUAAAAUAUUUUUUGUCACAUGAAGUCAUACAAAUAGCCUACAAUAUCAGUGAAAUGUAAUCCUAUAAGUUCCUUAAAUACGUGUGUGUGUGUAGUGUAAUUUUUGCUCAUUUAAAAAACAAUCAAAGGAAUGAUUAAGUCAAUGCAUUAAUGUCUGUAAUUCAUCACAAAAUAAAUGUUAAUCGUAGAUUAAAAACUUGCAGGGACAGACACACAGAUACAGGAUGUAUUUUCCAGUCACUGAUUGUUUCAUUCAGCCAGGCACAAACACACACACACAUUUUUGAUUUAAUUUAUUAAGGUGACAAUUUCUAUAUUACACAUCUUUCAUGUACAUCAGCAAUUAAACAGGGAAAAGAAAAUAUAGUGUUACCAUAAACCUCUUAUUAAAACCUUUCUUUUACAAAAGAAAAUUUGUUAUUGACACCAUUUACAACUUGUUUUCAUGUACAGGAGAGUGACAGUGGUUUAGUUGUACAUGGUGGAUUCUGGAGAACAAAAAGAAGAAGCGGUGAUUCGUGAUAUUCACACAUUUGCUUAACUGCUCUGCUCCUGGGAUUUUAACGUGUGAUCAACUCAGAACAAGAUUAAAAUAACACUCUGCAUCAAAGGGGGGGACAAUCUGAGGCAAAGAUGUAUAGAGGCAACUUCACCAAACCACUUUUCAUCAUACAUUCGUUAUAUCACACUGACUUUAUCUCAGUAGUUGUUAUCCCAGCUGAAGUCACACUUAGCCAUCAAAACAGGCCGUGUGAGAUCAGCUCAAGUCUUAUAGCUUUUCCACACUGGUACAGUUUCUUCAAUAGAACUUCUCAAACUCUUCUUGAUCUGGUUACUUCUCCACAGCAGGGUCAAGAGAGUCCAUGUGGUCAAUCACCUCUGCUCGCAUCAAGUUGCUAAAAAGGAUACCUGAUGUUGAGGGUGGAAAUAAGGCUACCUGAAGGCUGACGACAAACACCAUCGCACCACGCAUGUGGAAACAAAGAGCCUAGAGUUACUAACAACCAGGACAGGAUUCCCCAAAUACUGAAGAAAAGAAAGUGGAGGGAUAUUUUUUAAAAGUGCUUCUGCUUUGUCAGACCAACACCUGAAUCCAAUGUUCCUCAGUAACUGCACUUGUCUUUUCAGUGUGUACUUAACUAAUUCAAAAUGACACUCCAAAAUGAGCAACCACACUAUGAAGUGUUUCAUGUCUUCAUAGGGAUAAAUAAGAUGAAUCAUCUUUUAUAACUCUGUUACUGAUCAGAUGUGUGACAUCAUCCAAACACGUUUUCAUACACACUUAAUGUUGGAUUGCACACUGGUAAAGCAUCUGGAGGUUUCUCCGUGCACACACAUCUGUGAUCAUGAACAGUAAUCUGCUAAAAUUGGCAGCUCUCGGGAUCCAUAAGCAACACUAACAUAAGAAUCUUAACUUGAAAUCAUAACUUGAACACAUCUUCAGAGUUGAAAACAUAGCCACAUGUAUAAUUUUAAUAUGCUGUCUGAAAAACAAAA